AUGGAAGCCGAUGAUGUGGUAGUUUUCUGUAACUCCCAACUUAUUGUGAAUCAAGCAAUGGGCGAGUAUACAGCCCAAGAUGAAAGAAUGAUAGCCUAUGUCAAGGAGUUUUUCCCAGAGAAUGGUCAGGCAGAAACAACCAACAAGACCAUUUUGGAUGGAAUCAAGAGGAGGUUGGAAGCAGCUAGAGGCAAGUGGGUGGAAGAAUUGCCCAAUGUUCUGUGGGCAUAUCAAACCAUACUAAAAAGAUCAACUGGGGAGUCUCCUCUUCCUAUGACAUAUGGCACUAAAGCAGUCAUCCCACUAGAGAUCGGCAUCCCUAGAAUUAGAACCCAUGAGUUGGAGAAUAGGACCAACGAGGCAUUCUUGGCUCGAGAUCUGGACCUGUUAGAAGAAAAAAUGGAGAGAGCAGCAAUUCGACUGGAGGCAUACCAGCAGUAG